AUGCCGGUCUACAAAGGCGCGGACCGGCCCAUCGCUCAGCAGCUGGUAACGGAGAAGUUCUACUUCGGGCCUGACAGCUUCGGUGGUGUUAGUGACAAGUACGCGAUGGCCGUGCUGAAAUCGGUGUCCAACAAGGUGGCGCCCGUGGUCAUGAGGGACAUGAUUAGGCAGCGGCCCAAGGAGCUCACCCUCCUGAUGAUAGGACCCCUAACCAACUUGGCCAUCGCUAUGCUCAUGGAUCCAGAAUUGACGGAGGACGUUGAGCAAAUAUUCAUAAUGGGAGGCAACAUUUAUGGGCAGGGAAACGUGAGGGUUGGUGGUGAGUUCAACUUUGUCACUGACCCAGAAGCAGCUCGCGUCGUACUGCAGAGGUCCACUUGUCCCGUGACUGUCGUGGUCUGGGAGGCUUUACUUCAAGGCACGGUGCCUUGGGACGUCUACAACGAGGUCAUCGCGCAAGACACAAAACUGGCGAAGUUCUUGCAUGACGUUAACAACCAUACGAUCGAGUGCUGCAUGAAACAUGAAUCGCCAAGCGGCUUCCGUGUCGGCGACUUCUUGGCGGUGAUGGCCGCGCUGGUUCCGGGCAGCGUGAGCGGCUCGCUGGACAUACCCUCCGACGUUGAACUGAACGGGGACUACACCAGAGGCCAGAUGGUGCACGCAUGGCUCAAGGGACAGUUGCCUCACAUUACGCGCAGCGUGACAAUCGUCCAUAGCUUUGACAUCGAGGCCGUGUCAAAUCAAUUUCGCAAGGUCUUCAUGUCUGAAGACAGUGAUGACGAGUAG